AUGGGAUCGGCAGAGGCUGCCUCUUCGCCUGCGUUUCCUUUCCUAGACCCGAUUGUCGUUGAUGACGAGAUGGGGCACCCUUACCAGGACGAAGAUAUGGACUUUUUAGAUACUGCGAGGCUGCAGAUGUCGGCGGAAAAUGCAGGGAGGGACUUUGACGACAUCUUCUCACGCGCCACUUCAUCCCGCCCGGUCGCGGAAUCGGAGCCAUCGUGUCUGUCGCCCUCGGAAUUGUCUCUCAAGCGAUCGUACCAAGACCAGGAUGCGUUGCGACAAGUUAAUGUUGUCUCGUCCGACUCCCCCGCCGAGUCCCCGGAUGGCUCAUCUCCGAGCUCUUCCUCCACAUCACCGCGGAAUCAUCUUCGAAACCCGUCCGUCACCUCGUCUGCGUCGGUUGUUCAUAGCGAAAACACUGUUAUGCCGUUUGGAUAUGCGACAGAGGAUUGGAUGAAUCCCGACUUGUCUUCAGUGAAGGAGGAGUCGCUGUUCGGUCUGGACCUUUCCCUGCCAAACCUUGACGGCGCGUUUCCCACAGACACCGAUCUUGAAUCGAGCAACAAAGCCAUGGAUGCCGCAUUUGAUUUUGAGAGUGCCGCCAGCAGUCCUAGCCCUCUAAAAUCCGAGUCUGCGCAGCCCAGAAUUGCUAAGAGAUCAAAAUCUCAGAUGCGGAGUGUUUCUAGCACUUCGGCCAGACAUUCUGCCUCAUCGAUGAAUGGGUCAACCUUCUUUCCUCGCAACACCAAGGAGCCUUCGCCGUUCUCCGUUUCGCGAAGCUUCAGUCAGGCCAAGUCGCCACUGGGCCCUUGGGGAGGCCAUUCACCGUCAUCACUUUUGGAAGAAAGCUUCGGUGGAAUUAACAUGAAUGGCGGUUCUCCGCUUACUCCGGGUCUCAACUUCGGACCGAGUAGCUUCCCAUUUGGUGUCAACUUCGCACCGUCCCCUUCUCCAACAACCGUGAAGCAGGAGACGACGCAGCGUCACAUGCUAACCGUGCAUCCCACCUCCCUCAAAUCACGCGUGGAGACUCAAAUUCCUAUCAGGCUGACCCUCUUUCCGUUACCGAAUGGCGUUAAAAAGGUGCGCUUGCCGAGCCACACCAUCUCGAAGCCGAAAUUUCUUGCACCGCCGACUGUCGAACGGUCCCCGGAGAUUGUGGAAUUGCACACCAGUCUCGUUUGCACAAGUGCGAUGCAGGAUCAAGAGAAGCUGAAGAAGGCGUUUGCCAGAGCAAGAGGAGAUAACUCUUACCGUUCAUCCAGCUCUAGCCCACGUUCCGCUGAAGACAUGCAAGAAGACGAUAAGCCACUGGAUGGCGGAGAAGUGAAGAUCUGUCCUGGUUGUAUACAGCGUGAGCGGAAGCGUGCGUUCAGGAAAAAGCAAAGAAAGCCGGAGGAAGACGAACUCUUCCAGAAGGACGAGGAGAAAAGGGUAAUCGUCUUCAACACCAACGAAGUCAAGGAAUGGGCCGAGCCAUCGAAGAAUGCCAUGCCGAGCUUUGGAGACGCUCCGAUGCCUAAUAUUCCCCCGGGGGCCAUGCAAGUGGAGUUACCGAUGCGUAUCGCAUGCUACUGCAGGCAUCAGAAUGAGAAGCUUGGGUUUCAGGUCAUUUUCACUGUCAAAGAUUAUAAGGAUAACGUUGUUGCUCAGGCGAUAACGAAUUCUAUCAUGAUCACUGACGACCACAAAACUCAUGCACCUCCCGCUCCACCAGCUCCUGGUCCAUCUCCUUCUCUACCGGAUGGGACACAGCUUCCGGGCGUUGGCGUGUUCCCUUCGAGCCCCAGUGUUGACACAGGCAAAUCAUCGGCCCCGUCGCAACAAGCAUCCCAGUCAUCUUCAGCUACCGAUCUGCAGGGUCUGCAGCAAAGGUUCAACACUCAAUAUCUGACGUCGGGCUCCUUCCCCGUGUCCCAGUCCUCAACGAACGGCACAACCACCAACACUCAAACGCCGCGGAGUCUUUCUCGACAGACUUCGCCGAACGAUUUCCAAGGGCCGAUGAGCAAGCGUCGCAAACACAGCAACUCUGGGAGACUGCCAUCGGAACUCACUAUGACCAAGCUGGAAAACACGCAGUCGUCAGGUAGUGUCUCCAGCUCCUCAGCUCCUAACAAUGAUCCACCUUUUCCCAGCACUCGCGGGUUCGCAUCCCCGGCGGAGAGGCCCUUCGUCACUGCUUCUGCCAUAUCUAAUCAGUUCCCUAACGGACCGCCGACUCCAAACGGCGCAGAUACCAACCCCUUCCUUAACACCAUGCAACAACAGAGUUUGGACAAUUUUAUCCAGCAACAAUUGAUGUCUGCACCGAACUCCGCCCAACCAAGUCGUCCAGGGACCCCUGGGGGUUCGCGCAACAAUUUCCAGGAUCCAAAUUACAAUAUUUCCUUGGGACCCAACACGUCUUCACCAAUGUGGCCGCCACUAACCAAUGCGGGAAACCGGUUACCUUCAGUCAUCCACAAACUGGUACCUGCAGAAGGCUCUAUUACGGGAGGCACAGAGGUUACCUUGCUUGGAAGCGGCUUCUACCCUGGGAUGGAAGUCGUUUUUGGUGACACUUUAGCCACCACUACCACGUUCUGGGGUGACAAGUGUCUCAACUGCCUGACACCCCCUGCACUUCAACCCGGGCUUGUGGCGGUGGUUUUCAAGCAUGAACAUCCCACCUUCGGCCAGAUGCAACCUACUCAACCUCUGAUGCCAAAGCAGCAGCAGUUCUUCCGUUAUGUCGACGAUCGCGAGUUGCAGAUGUAUCGCCUUGCUCUUGGUAUCCUUGGACAGAAACUCGGCAGUCAAGCAGAUGCGUUCCAGACGGCUCAGCAGAUUAUGGGCAGUGACAUGAAGGGCGUUUUCAACCUACAAAAGGACUUCCCAGGAGGCUCUGGUGGUGGUCACCAGCGGCAGGCGGCUGGGCUGGAGUCGCAAGUCUCACUUGGUGACCUCGAUGGCAGAAUGUGGAAGUACCUCGAGUUUGUCGAUCUUGAUGACAGCCCACGCCCACCCAGGUACAAUUCGCGCUCGGCGACAGGCCAGACACUGCUCCACUUUGCUGCCUCCUUGGGCCUGACACGGUUCGUGGCCGGCCUGCUUGCGCGAGGUGCCAAUCCCGACCUGCAGGAUAACACCGGGAACACGCCGAUGCACUUUGCGGCUCUGAACGGUCAUGCGCAUAUCGUCAACAGGCUCCGUCUUGCCGGUGCCAACCCUAAUGCCCGUAGCAUUAGGGGUUUCACUCCAGCAGACCUCGCUACGACCUUGCCUGCUCACCAGGCGGCCUUGAUACCUGCACGUCAUUACCGCUCACGUAGUGUUGGGUCGCUUUCCUCCUCGCGUCGCAGGCACAGCAGUUCCGCAUCGUUACAUUCCCUCUGGGACUCUUCAUCUGUGUCGGGCUCUUUUGACCAUGCCGUUGAAGACUCCGAUGACUCGGAAGACGACGACGAUGUAAUCGAUUAUAGCGCCUCCCGCCGGUCGAGUAUGCAUCACGAGCGGCCAGUGUCGAUUCCUGGACCUGAGCAGCCAGCAGAGUCGGACGAUGCUCGACCAUUUUCGCCUCCGGCCGCCCUGGUUGCUUGGCGUAACCAACUGCAGGCCCAAAUCAAUCAGUUCCAGCAAAGUGUGGCCAACGCCUUCCCCAAUCUGCCUGCGUUGCCGCCUAUGCCCGCACUGCCUGACUACCAAGCCCAUCCGAUGAUGCGUCGUAUCACCAAUCUGGUUCCUCACCGACCGAGCACCGCGCGGUCUGCCAAAGAUGGCUGGUGGGAUAUGCUGACGGGCAAUUCCGCCCCUACGGGUACAGAGCUACCCUCCUAUGAGGAACUCUACCCGCACAAAGAGAACGAAGAUGAUGAGCAAGCAACGCGCUUGAAGAAAUCGAGUAUGCUUCAAGCAGCGACGGAGGCAGCACUCGAUCAGCAUUUCGAAGCGCAGGCCAGCACAUCGGAGGUCGUCCGAACCAAGCCAGAAAGCGAAGAUAUCAAAGAUAUCCGGAUUGGCCGCAAGGUGAUAUCUCGUGAACAGCAGAAGCACCUUCGGGAGCAGCAAGCGCGGCGAAUGAAGGGCCUAGGUAGCGAUCGGAAUCUGUAUUUCAUCUGGAUUCCGCUCCUUCUGUUGGUCAUCUGUGCUUGGAUUCGGAGUUAUGUCCCGGGCAUCUGGGAAGGCUUUACCAGCGGCUAUGAAUUCGUCAAGGCUCAAUAUGCGCAGCGCGCCUUAGAAGUUGGCCAUUGA